AUGAAGUCAAAUUUCAGCCUUGGUCAUUGCUUCACUAUCUUGUCUCAGCACCCAAAGUGGCUACCUAGGGCACCAAAGACCAAGAAUACCAAGAAGGCAAGCAAGAAACAAGCAGUAAACGCCAAGGUCGCAAACUCUGCUCUAGCUCAUGCAGGUGGAGCUGAAGGGGAAGAGGAGGAAGAGAAAGAAAAAGAAGAUGAAGGUAACAGGUUCAAUCUUGGCCCUCGCUCUGUAGGUAGGAAGCAAACAAAGGCUCAGGAGGCAAACCAAAGAGGAAUGGAGAAGCAACUGGAGAAAGCUCUCUCUGCUCAAGCUGAGAUGGUAAAGAAAGACAAUAAACAUAUAGACCUGAUGAAGGAAAACACAAAAGAGGUUCAGAAAUCAACCAAGAUUUUUGAGAAUACCACGUUGGCCCUGACAGUGCACACCACAGCCCUGCAAAGGGCUGAAGACAUCUGUAUUCUGUUUAUGGACCCUCUCUCUAUUGAAAAUCCAAUAGAUUGCCAAAUGAUUUUGCAACAUCAGCAUAGGAUUAGAGAGAGAGAAAUAUGGAAUGGGCCUGUGAUUAACAACAGUGGUAACAGUGAUACUGGAGUUCCUGAGAGCAAUUGA